AUGGCACAGAGACGAUGGUGCUUCGCACAUUCGGAAUCAACGAGACGUACCAACUGGCCAUGUAUCUACUGGACCAAUACCGUGGCACUAUUCUCUCUUGUCGCUAUGCGAUCCCGCCACGUCUUGCACUGGCAGAGUCGCAGACCCAACUGGAGGAGGCAGUCAAGGUCGCUGUCGGUGGACACCAUUAUGAGACAUCCGAUGCUGCAAGUCGGCAUGGUGGAUGCCACUUCCAAGACUCCCUCGUGGAUCCAGCUGCAGAGUCUCGACCUGACGCAACAUAUAAAAUGGCUUUAUAUCGGAGGGCAUGACGACUUUGAACAGACGGUGCAGGAAAUCUUUCGCACUCAGCUCGAUGACCGUUUCCCAGACCUUUCUAUUAAGCAGCCGGGCUGGAAGAUCACCGUCAUUCGACAAGGGAACGAUCCUAUCAUGGAGGUCUUACUCACGUGGAAUCACCCCCAAUUCGACGGUGCAGGCGCCAAGGUGUUCCACGAAGACUUUCUCGAGAUGCUCAAUGCUGACAACGGAGCAUGCGAGCGGACUGGCUUGGAUGGCGAUAUCCUGAGACUACCUCAAGCGGCCCCCUUGCUUCCAACCCCAAUCGAGAGCUUAAAGAGUCUUCCAGUAGAUCUCAAGUACCUCGCCAAGAGGUGGUCGAUCGACCGAGCGCAGUUUGGCCUCAGCACCGAAAUCCCCGCGGCCGCCAUGGAGUUUUCCCCAGUCAGCGUCGCUGGCCGGGGCAUGUGUGUCAGCACCAACUGGCCGGACUGCGCUGUCGAUGCGACGUUUGGGCAGCGUAUCAUGGCUGAUCUGGAAAGGUGGCUGGCCCAACUUGCGAGCCAGUCAUGA